AAAUAAGAUAAGUCUCGUGUAGGUCAGCGCGGCCCAGGACAAGGGCCUAGCUUGAGCCUUGAGCCAGAAAGAGCUCAGCAUUGAACCUGCUGAUCAAUCCUUGCAGCUCAGGCGUAUUCCUAGGACUGCCUUUGAGCGCUUUCCAAUCGUGGAGCAAUAACAGAUUGCCUGUUAGAAGUCUCCGCACUGCAUUGCUGGUUGCAGGCAUGUCAAGCGGUCCAGGAAACGACGAACCGCGGCCUGCCUACAGCCACCCUCUGAAACCCCAUGAAAAUGCUGCCACCACGAGCGGGCGGGGCCACCACUCCCCAUCAAGCUCACCCUCACUUUCUGGCCUGCGAAACACCAUCCCUGAAACUCCCCCCACUCUAGAUCUCCGCUCAUCAGAGCCCCCAGCCGGCCGAUACAUCUCUCCAGUGACAGGGCACAGCAGUCUGCCCCAGUUUUACGUGGCGGUGGAGCGGCCCCAAUUCAAGCUGGGAACUUUGAAGGAUCUAUUGGAGGUGUUGGCGCGGAGGGGUGAGGUGGCGGUUGGCAUCUGCUGCGGCACGCGGGAUGUGCUCGAUGCCUUGGUUGGCGCCAUCGCAUAUGAGACUCGCUUCUCUGUCCAGUGUCUGCACAGCGACAUGGUGGAAAGCGAUCGCGCAAAAAUCUUAUCAGCCUUUCAUGCCAGACGACAGCACUCCCUAAAUCCUUCCGAAAGCCCUCCUGCCAAGCCCACCCCCUCUGAAAGCAGUCCUGCCGGAGAAGAGGAAAAGGGCGCAGAAUCUGUAGAAGAUCAGGAGGAAGGAAAGCAAGCUAAGCUGUCGAGGGCUGCACUAAACAUUCUGGCGAUGACGGAUGCGUGCCUUCCAAUGGCUGCUCUUGGCGAGAGCCCGCUGCUGGCAAAGCUGAUGAUCAACUAUGAGCUGCCGCUGAAGAAGGAGCAGUACGCGCGCCGAGUGGCUGCGGUGCUCGGCCCAACUGCAGCGAGCGCUCUGCCCAAGAUCACCCCCUCCGGAUCCUCCCCACCGCGGUCCUUCCUGUCGGGAGCGCCACACUCUUCAAGCGGCAUCGUACUAAGCUUCGUAGCUGCGGCGGAAGUUGGCAUGCUGCGGUCCUUGGAAGAGUCUCUGGGCUUCAUCAUUGAAGAGAUGCCCAUCAACAUUUUGGAGUUGCUCUGACAUAUCUGGACAUCGUGUGGGCGACAAGGAUAACUUAUCCUUGAAGCGUAGUCAAAUGUGGCAGAUUCAUGACAGGAUCGGGACGGAAACAAUGCUCACUUGGAAGGUUGGAAUGACUUCAGAAGCUAGCCUAAAGAAGCUCCUGACACAUGUUAGCAAAGCGUAUGCAUCUGGUUAAUUCUGCCAAGCUGAUUGAUAAGCAAUUCAUCUUGGACAGUCACUAUAGAAGCUGCGCACUGGGCAAUUAUUCAACUAAGGCCCGAACUUGAUGCACGGAUG